CUGAAGCUCUCCCUUUUUAACUUAGCCUAACUGUUUAGAGUCAAGUCAGCUACUAUUUCUGUGGUUUUUGUUUGAAGUUUUAAAAAACGAAGUUUUGUUUUAAACUCUGUCUCCUGUGGGAUAUGACUUUUAUUCUGAGCUUCAGGAGAAGGGGGGGACCAGCACCCUGCCAGGGCACGUCUGAACUGUGGCUGCCCCGCCCAUUGCUCGUCCUGUGGGCUUGCACCUGCCUCACCACCCUCACCACUUAGAGCUGAAACCUCCAGGAGCCGCUUCACCUGCGCUGCAGCCUUCGCCGAGCCCCUCUUCUACCUGAAUCCGCCUCCUGACGCCACCGAUCCAGGCAUCACCGAGGACAGGUAUGAGCAGCACCCAACUGCAGCCCACCUUCAUCUGAUGAAGACUCAGCGGGGAGGAAGAGGAGGAGGAGGAAUCGGUGCAGCCCGCAGCUGAGAUUUCCUCUUGGUGAGUGUUCCGUGCGUGUUUUGCGCCACGGGAGACGUGUAUGCGCUAAGUAACGGAGAGACGGGGACGUAAACAUGCUGUAAAAGACAUCCAAGGUGCCAACCACAGGAAAGAGCGCUCCCACCGGAGCGGACGGGACUGGACCGGACCGUGCCAGACUAAACUUUACCCGCCGGGCUCUCUGACGCCAUGGCCGCCGCUCCUGUCGCUGGCACUCUGGGGGAAGUUGGAGGCGUCCUGCACGGCAUCGACGGGGUGGUUCACGUCGGGGCCCACUUCUACCUGACACCCCCCGGGGACAGUCCGACCCCGCGGGGGGAGCACCUCUUACCUUUCCCCAGGUAUGAGGUAGCGGAUCUACCGCACCUGAAAGGGAUUCUCAGGAGGAGACAGCUGUACUGCAGAACUGGGUUUCAUCUGGAAAUACUUCCGGAUGGUUCUGUGCAGGGGACGAGGAAGGACCACAGCCGGUUUGGUAUUUUGGAAUUCAUAAGCCUUGCUGUUGGUUUGAUAAGCAUUAAAGGAGUGGACAGCGGGCUCUACCUGGGGAUGAACGACAAAGGAGAGUUGUAUGGCUCUAAAACACUCUCAGCAGAAUGCGUCUUCAGGGAACAGUUUGAGGAGAACUGGUACAACACCUACUCAUCCAACCUGUACAAGCAUGGAGACAAAGGGACACGUUAUUUUGUGGCAUUAAAUAAAGAUGGAACACCAAGGGAUGGGACUAAAUCCAGGAGACACCAGAAGUUUACGCACUUCUUGCCCAGGCCUGUGGACCCGGAGCGGGUGCCUGAGCUGUACAGGGAUAUCCUGGGACACAGCUGAGAGUCAGACGGCCCGGUGGCCCGGAUCAGGAGUAGCUGCUUAAAGCCCCUGGGGUGCAGGGAGCAGAGAACGAGGGACGAAGGCGAGAGACAAGGCCAGCGCAGACUGGUGGACAGCCGCCCUAACAGCGGGGAUCAAGGCACCGGGAGGGCCUCCUGUAGGAAUGCACCAAGCCAUCUCUCAGCAGCCACCAAGACAGGCUAGAAUGCCUCGGCAAUGAGGGGCUCGUUUGUUUCAGGGGCCGGACGACCCAAUACCUGGAGACUAAACGGAGCUGAUUGGUCCUUGGAGCAUCUCCUCGGUUGUCUGCAGAACAGAGACGUCAGCUGAGUUCGUGGGAAUCGGAACAUUUCCACACGGAGCGGGAGAUUUUGUUGAAGGAGUUCAGUUUGUACCUGUUCACACCUUUUAAAAAACAAAAGUGUAUUUAUUCCUUUUUAGAUACACAUAUUUAUGGUAUAUAUUUAUUUAUUUGAGGAUAUAUUUUUACAAGUAGAAUCAGAAAACAGAAUAGAAAAACCACUUGGAACUGUAACAACUAUAUCAAGACUGUAUUUUUAUGCUCUUUGUUUAUGAAAAACCAAGCUUACCCAGUGAUAUCCUGUAAUACCACCCGUAAUAUUCAAAUUUUUAAUGGAUCUCCAGAUCAAACACUUUUUAUUAUGACAUUGCAACUGUGAUUCCUUUUGUCUGCGUUGUUUAUCUUUUUAAUAUUAUAAUUUUAGCCAGACUGCUGUUACACAUCUCCUAAAACCAAUCUGAAGUAAACACAACAACUUCUGACGUU